AUGUCGCGGUGCUUUCCAUUUCCGCCACCAGGAUAUGAAGGGAAAUCUAGAACAGAUGAUGUGGAUUUACUAAAAAAGGAAAGACGAAGAGAAAAAAAACGUAAAAAAGAGGAAAAAGAAAAAGAGAAGAAGGAAAGAAAGGAAAAUGGAGAGAAAGAAGGAAGGGAUAGAAAACAUAAGGAUAAAAAGGACAAAAAAGAAAAAAAGAAAAAAAGGGAUAAAGACAAGGACAAGGACAAUGAUAAAGAUAAAAGUAAAAUCAGUGCUACGGACAGAAAAGGAUUUCCAGCUCAAGCUCAAGGUCUUAAUGAUGGUAAUAAUCUACAUCAAAAGGAAAUCAAACAAAAUGACAAGGCUUUCUUGUUUGAUGAUAGACUUACCAAACAGUAUGCCAGUUACAAUGGAGAGAAGGCCAGAGAGAAUAAUCAUCAGGUUGACGAGAAUAGGGACUCUAAAUUCCGCAUGGAGUUGGACAGGAGGAUUAGGGACAGUGAUGGAGGAGCUGGGAAUCCAUUGGCUCAAAAGUUUUCAACUGCAGACCGUGGAAAGGACGAGGAGACUGUUAUGCUGGUUGCUAAUAGUAUUGGCGCUGGCAGUAGCACCUGGCUUGAUGGAAAGGAGAAGUUCCAGAACAGGGGUGUCAAUGCUAAAAAGAUUGUUGGGAGAGGAAUUCAGGCUGAGACCCAAUCAAUUGGAAAUGCAACAGUUCAGAAUCAUAUUGUUGAUGGUAAAAAGAUUGGCACCUGGCCUGAUGGUAAGGAGAAGUUCCAGGAUAAGGGUGUCGAUACUAAAAAGAUUGAUGGGAGAGGCAUCCGGAUUGAGGCCCGGCCAAUUGAAAAUGUAACAGUUCAGAAUCAUGUUGAUGGUAAGAAGAUUGGCUCCUGGCCUGAUGGUAAGGAGAAGUUCCAGGAUAAGGGUGUCGAUAGUAAAAAGAUUGAUGGAAGAGGCAUCCGGAUUGAUGCCCGACCAAUUGGGAAUGCAACUGUUCUGAAUCAUGUUGAUGGUAAAAAGAUUGGCACCUGGCCUGAUGGUAAGGAGAAGUUCCAGGAUAAGGGUGCCGAUUCUAAAAAGAAUGAUGGGAGAGGCAACCGGAUUGAGGCCCGGCCAAUUGGGAAUGCAACAGUUCAGAAUCAUGUUGAUGGCAAGAAGAUUGGCACCUGGCCUGAUGGUAAGGAGAAGUUCCAGGAUAAGGGUGUCGAUUCUAAUAAGAUUGAAGGGAGAGGCAUCUGGACUGAGGCCCGACCAAUUGGGAAUGCAACAGUUCAGAACCAUGCUGGAAACUGUCUACCUAGGGUUGAUGAAAAGCCCAGACCUUUGGAGAAUAAUUUUGACAAAAUUUUGGUAGGAACAGAACGAGCUAAGGAAAAAAAAGAUGAGAAACGAAGAGAUAAAAGGAAAGAUGAUAAAAAGGGUGAUAAAAGGAAAGAAAAAGAUAAGGAGAAGAAAGGGCAUGGGAAGGACAAAGACAGGGAUAAAGAGAAAAAAAAGGAGGAGAAAGCAAAGCAGAAGAUUGAAUAUAGAAAUGGAGAGCAGAAUAAAUUAAAAGACAGCAACAAAGUCAGUCCAGUGGGCCCAAAUUCUUCCACACAAGUAUCCAAGAACUACCAUGAGAAUUCUAUCUUUGAGGAAAAUCUCAAGAAACGGAAGGAAAUUGAUUCAAAUGGAGUUCUACAUGCCAAUGACAGUAGGCCCAUUAAGUUGCCUAGACCCUCUUCCUCUCAUCCUUUCUCUGAAAAUGGGAGGACAUUAGAACCUUGCCAAAUUUCCCUUCAAAGUGUUUCAGAUGGGCCAAGAGGCCCCAUUAAUGGUAAACUAGAAAACAAGGAACGGAAGAAAAAUGGCAUCAUUGUGGUUUCCCCAAACAAGAUUCCCACCGCCAUUGUGCCAGCUGAUCCCGCCACUAAAGUAUCAAUAUCCGUGGUUUCCCCAAACAAGAUUCCCACUGCUACUGUGCCAGAUGAUCCCGCCACUAAAGCUUCAACAUCUGUGGUUUCCUCUAACAAGGUUCCCACUGCUACUGUGCCAGAUGAUCCCGCCACUAAAGUAUCAACAUCUGUGGUUUCCUCUAACAAGGUUCCCACUGCCACUGUGCUAACUGAUCCUGCCACUAAAGUAUCAACAUCUGUGGUUUCUUCUAACAAGGUUCCCACUGCUACUAUGCCAACUGAUCCUGUGACUAAAGUAUCAACCAAACCACCCCAUCCAGAUACCAAGUACAUAAGUCAGGUAUAUUCCGUACCAAAAGCAAAUGAGUGGUCUGAUUUUGUUGACCAAGAGUGGCUGUUUGACAACAACCAUUCGCAAGAACAAAAACCCGUGGUGAAAUCUUCAGAGGUUGCGGAUACACUGCAGGUAUGGGCAGAAGCUGUGCAUAUAGAGCCUGCAGAUGUUUUUGCUCUACCAUACGUCAUUCCAUAUUGA